GCAGGGAGGACAGGCCCAGGCAGGAUCUCCCAGAGGGCCCCCUUGCCUGGCCCCUGAACUGGUCCCCCUGGUGUGCAGCUGGCUCAGGAGGGCAGGCGCAGGCCAGGCGCUGCUAAACAGGCAGCCCAACUUCCUCUCCUCUUGCACCGCCCUCACCACCCGCCCUCCCCUGCCUGGCGCCUGAAGGCGGCUGUUUUUCCACUCACUGCUACUGCCCGAGUUCCAUCCUGCUGUUUCCUUCUCUUCCUGGAGUUAAAACUUCUUAGAAAACAGCGCCAGGCCGGCCUAGGCCCUGCUGGUCUCCAGCUCCCGGCUCCAGUGCAGAAGAAAGCGCAAGACAGCCCGAAAGCACUUCGGGUCAGGGCCGCCCUGCAGGCCCACGCCCCGCGGAGGCUGAAGCCACUGGUUGUCGCCCGCAACUGGCCCCAGCACCGCUAAGGAGAGAGCAAGGGCCAGAAUGAUUUGGCCUCUUUUCACAGAUGAGGACACCGAGACCCAAAGAAAAGUCAUGAAGGAGCGCUCGGCCAGCCACUAGAGGGGCUAAGAUGACAAGACCUCGCCCUGCCUUCAGAUGCCUACCAGCCUGCACGCCUUCUUAGUCCCACCAGGAACCAUCGACCCCAGGCUCCGCCUGCACCUCCCCUUGCAGUUGGUCCCCCAGCCGACUCAUCACCAUGGCAGCCCUGAUUGCAGAGAACUUCCGCUUCCUAUCGCUCUUCUUCAAGAGCAAGGACGUGAUGAUUUUCAAUGGGCUGGUGGCACUGGGCACAGUGGGCAGCCAGGAGCUGUUCUCUGUGGUGGCUUUCCACUGCCCUUGCUCACCUGCCCGGAACUACCUAUAUGGGCUGACAGCCAUCGGUGUGCCCGCCCUAGCACUCUUCCUCAUCGGUGUCAUCCUCAACAACCACACCUGGAACCUAGUUACCGAGUGCCAGUACCGGAGGACCAAGAACUGCUCGGCCGCCCCCAACUUCCUCCUCCUAAGCUCCAUCCUGGGCCGUGCGGCCGUGGCCCCCGUGACCUGGUCUGUCAUCUCCCUGCUGCGCGGUGAGGCCUACGUCUGUGCUCUCAGCGAGUUUGUGGACCCCUCCUCACUCACAGCCGGGGAAAAGGGAUUCCCACCAGACCAUGCCACGGAAAUCCUGGCCAGGUUCCCUUGUGGGGAGGGCCCUGCCAACCUGUCAGGCUUCCGGGAGGAGGUCACCCGCAGGCUCAAGUACGAGUCCCAGCUCUUCGGGUGGCUGCUUAUCGGCAUGGUGGCCAUCCUGGUGUUCCUGACCAAGUGCCUCAAGCAUUACUGCUCACCACUCAGUUACCGCCAGGAGGCCUACUGGGCACAGUACCGCGCCAACGAGGACCAGCUCUUCCAGCGCACGGCCGAGGUGCACUCGCGGGUGCUGGCCGCCAACAACGUGCGCCGCUUCUUCGGCUUUGUGGCGCUCGACAAGGACGAUGAGGAGCUGGUGGCCAGGUUCCCCGUGGAAGGCACCCAGCCUCGGCCACAGUGGAACGCCAUCACGGGCGUCUAUCUGUACCGCGAGAACCAGGGCCUCCCGCUCUACAGCCGCCUGCACAAGUGGGCCCAGGGUCUGGCGGGCAACGGCACGGCACCAGAAACUGUGGAGAUGGCCCUGGUCGCCUCCUGAGGGACCAGUUCCCGCACUCUUUGCCAGUGACGGUGCCUGGACUCAAACGGAACUCCACCGCCUGCUCACAGCAUCAGAAGGGGAUGAUUUUUUUUUUAACUUUUUGGGGAAACAGGUCAGAAGCAAGGAACACAAAGCACCCUGGGGUGUGGAAAGCUAGUAGACAACGUGGUCUGCUCCGACAGCAAGGCUCUCAGACCUGAAGAAACGCCCUGUCCUGCUGCCACCAAACACUUGGUCAACCGCUUUGGGGAAAAGGCCCUUUCCCAGAACCGAGCCUUAAUUAACUAUGAUGUGGACAACUGCUUACCGGUGAGACUCCCAAGCUGGGAAGCCCCGGCCAGCAGAGCCAGGUGAGCAUGAUAUCCUUGUGCAGGAUAUCGUGCACUUACCGUAUGUGUGAUUGCACGCGGAUACCUGGCUCAGCAGUGCUCAGCCAGGAAGCUGCCCUCCAAUGUAAGCCUCUGGCUUUAUUUUAUAUACUUAAAAUUUUUGAUAAAGUUGUUCCUAGUAUAAACGA